AUGUCGGUUAUGCUUUCGUGGGAGCUCUGGCUCGACUACCAGCUUUCUGAAUCCAUUGGAAGCUCUUCGGAAUUUCUAAAGUUGCCUCAACCCCAGCAUGUCCUUUUUGCUGACCUGCCUACGACAAUACCCCCUGCUAAACACCGAAACUGGACCAGGCGCCAUUUAUGGAAACUCAGACCAGCCAGCCAAACAGGCCUGCUUGAUCCGCCUGCUCCAAUUCUCAAAAAUAAGAUGAAUGGCAAUUUCGAAGCUGAAUUCAGGCUUCUUCAAGAAAGCGAUAAUGAAAGCUUUGAGGAGUUUCAUUUGAGAUACAUGUUUCCAGGAUCACCAGAGGAGCAGGGCUACGAAGCCAGACAAAAGCAGCUCUGGCUUUACAGAAAAGGCAGUGAAGUGAGGGAUAUUUCUUAA